UGAACUUCUCCCUGUUUACGCGUAAGGCGACUUAAUGCUUGUCUUCUGAAGAGGUUUGAGAACGGUGUCUGCAACUUAAUCGACGGAAAUUAAACUUAUAAUUAUAACAUACAGGAAACCAAAAGGAACAAGAUCACAAGAAACAGAAAAUGCUCGUUCCAGGAUGCAGAGAGCGAUGUUACUAUUUUUAAUUGCCUCGUGGAAAUAAGACUGACGACAAGUGGGGAAAACGCCGGAGAGCCUUAUUGUGCGUCUCGCGGGACAGCGAUGUCACGGUGGAGCGAAACAAACAAAUGCCUGAUCGUGGAAUUCCCUUGAUUGUGUGAUUACUCGGUUAACGGGACGUUGCGUCACACUGGACUUUUUGCGUGCUCGAAUGCCUCGAGCGAUGGCAUGGCAGAAUGUAAAAGUGCAUUUUGUCACUAUACUUUACUUGUGGAUAUGUUCUCAAGUCUUUUUUAUUUGUUUAGUCUCCUCUGAAGUGGCUGUAAACUGCUUGUGGGAUAAAGCUGCUCCUGUGGGCCACAAUGUGUCUGUUCUGUGCCACACCAGUACACGGGGAAGAGCUAACAGUUGUGGUCUCUGCCAGCUCUAUGUUAUCAAACUUGACCACAGACAUCAGUUUCUGAGCACAUGUGCCAGUACCGAAGAAACCUUCAACUUUUCCAUCGCAGCAGAACACAGAGAGCAUAUUCGCUGCAUGUGUAAAGGGAAUACAUCAGAGACGUGCAGCGUUACAGUAAGAGGAGGCUAUCCACCAUCUCCCCCAUCUCGCCCUGAUUGUGCCAUUGAAGACAUGGAAGAAGAAGACAUUUACUGCUCUUGGACUAAAUCCAAUGAGCCAUUGAUUCCAACUGUUUACACCCUUCACUGGGAAGUUUAUGAUGGGAUUAAGUCUGUGGAGAGCAGUAGUGAGAGUGCAGUCAUAAACCGGCUUGAUUAUAUGAAAGAAACUGACACUACAGCAUGGGUCACUGCCAAAAACAUCCUAGGUUCUGAACAGUCUGAAAAGUCUUACUUCAACACGGGAAGAAUCGGCCGGCCAAAUCCCCCAAAAUAUCUAACCCUCGCCUCUGAAUCAAUAGAACUCAUCUGGGACAUGGAGUGUGACAGAGUGGGCCACUUGGACGUGAGCUGUCAAGUGCAGUACCGUGCACACAAUCACAUGCUGGACUGGACUGAGGUGGAUGAUUGCCAGUUCAGUUUUGUGUUGGAGGAUCCCCAGCCAUUCACACAGUACAGUUUUCGUGUUCGCUGCCACUGUGGAUAUGAAGAGAAAGUCAUGAGUAACUGGAGUUCAGUGUUUUCAGUCAGAACGCCCCCUGCAGCACCGGUUGGACAUCUGGAUGUUUGGAGUGACUGUGCCCCCAAUUCUGACGAGACUGUCUGUAACGUCUAUUGGAAGGAAAUGCCCCUGUCUCAAGCUAGAGGGGAUGUUAUCAACUAUAUUGUAACUCUGAAGCUUAAAAAUGGCACGGAGUUCAAGCAGGUCUCCAGGCAACGAAGAAACACUGAAAGUCAGCAGCUCGCUGACCAGAGCUGCCGGCAGCUCAGACACUUCCCGCUCAAGCCAGGUGUUAUUGAAGUUUUUGUGUCAGCCAACACAUCAGCUGGCACAUCGGACCCCACGUACAUGCUGUUUGCUGAGAGGGGACAGAGGACGCCUGAGGUGAAUCUAAGUGUAAUAGGUGAGAGCCAGCAGCUGCGGGUCUCAUGGUCCAUACACCCACAGUUCUCUGAGAGAGUCCUGGAGUAUGUGGUCCAGCACGUGUCUGUAGUACCUCACUCACCGUGCCUGAACUGGGUCAGAGUAAACCGAACCCAGAGAUCUGUCACACUCACAGGUGACUUCUGGAACUACACGGCUUAUAAUGUGUCACUGUUUGCAGUCUUCAACAACCACAGCACUUUCCUCAAGUCAGCGAUUGCAUACACACUUGAAGGAGUUCCUCCUAAAGUCUCUCAAAUCCACGUGAAGAACAUCUCUCAGUCCUCUGCCACUUUGAUAUGGAGCCCCAUCCCUGUACAUGAGAGCAACGGUGUCAUCCUGCAUUACUUAGUGGGCAUCAAAGAAACAGGGUCUAAUAUAAGCAGUAUCAGAACUAGUAUGCAGUUGUCAGAACUGGAGCCGGCCCAGCAGUACCAGGUCUGGGUGAGUGCUGUGAGCACUGCUGGUGAAGGCGCCAGGAGCUUCACCACUUUCUCCACUGAUGAAAAAUCCAGUAAUGUUACCCUGUUGGUUGUAUUCAUGGCAUUGGUGUUCCUGGUUUUAUUACUUUGUGUUAUUGUGUUGGUGUACCAACCAACCUGGUGUUUUGUGAAGAUCCCAGAUCCAAUUAACAGUAAAGCAUUUAAGCAUAUGAACUUUCAGCAUGCAUGGCCACGGCUCUAUUAUCCUUCUGAACUGAAUAUCAAGAUCUCUGAGCUGGAGAUCGUGGAGAAGCUGGAUCGCGACACACCUACUCCUCCAUCAGAGACUGAACUGGAGAAGGUUUUAAUCGAUGUGGAACUCCAACAUUUUCAGCUGCCAAAUAGACUGGGCAGGACAAAUGAAGGUGGAGAUGAGCCCGAGGAAGAGCCUGAGGAAUCAAACAGAGGAAGCAUUUUAAAGCAUGGCAGCUGGGCAAAGGAGUACAGCGAGAUGGUCGACACUGAUGAAGAGAAGGAUGGCGGUGAUGAGGAAGAGUGGUGGGACCAGCAAUUUGUCUCGGACUAUGAAAGACAUUUUUUGCCUUCUAUUGAGGUGAAUUAACUUUUCAUACCUCAGGAUUUUUCAUCUGUACUGUAGUGCCUUAAGUGACACAAUCAGAAAGUGUUUGUCCCAAGUGUUUUACUGAAGAACAAAAUUGUGCUUUUUAAUCAGACACUGAAAAGAGUAUUAAGAAAGUGUUAUUAAUGAAAUGUAUCCGUGAGAGAGGUCUUGCACAACUAUGCACUGAUUUUUACAUUAACAGUCUUCUACACUAGCCACAACAUUUAAAGUUGACAGAUAUUUUUUGCACCACUAGCAUCGUCAAGUGGAAUAAGGACUAUACAUGUUUCUGGAAUACUCUUCCCUUUUGCCAUUGGUCAGAUGUUCCUGCCUCAAACUAAACUCAAGCUAUAAGUUGAGCUAAUGUUAAGCGGGUCCAAGUGCUCAGAUAAACAACAAAGUCUUGAUAGAUGUGGUUAACACUUUUCAGGGAAUUCAACCUACGAAUGUCUUCUAGUUAUUUCUGCACAUUAAACCUUGUAUUCUAACUUGGAAAACAUUGCACGUGACACAAAUAAGAUGUUAGUACUAGUAGAGACACAGCACACAACUGAAUGUAAAAAAAUCUUGUUUUUGUACAUAAUAAAUAUUUUUUA